CUUCCAGAGGCUGCCGCAGUCGGUUACGAAUCGUGGGACCAGCUAAGUGAUCGCUAAUUUCACUUCAAUUUAUAUUUCGCUUGCGAAAUUUCAUUUUAAUCGGUCAGCGAUUUUGUAUCUCAAGGUAGAAUGAGAGAGAAAUGAAAUCUGCAUAGAACUUCAUUAAAGUUUAUCGAUUGCCAUCGAAGGGAUGAACCGGUUGUGAGGAAGUGAACGAAGAUCGUUGAUCGAAUCGAGCAACCCUGUUACAGUGAAAAUUGAAUUCGAUCCAUCUUAUAUCAGAAAAAAUGUCUCAGUUCGUCUGCGUGGAGGAUUACGAAAUAUACGCGACCAAACACUUGCCACCCGCCGUGAGGGAUUAUUAUAAUUCGGGGGCGGGAGAACAGUUCAGUUUGAGAUUGAACACGGAGGCUUUCAGAAAAUAUAGGAUACGGCCUAGAUUUUUAAAGGAUGUUUCUAAACGUGACUUGAGUACCACAAUUUUGGGCGAAAAAAUUUCCAUGCCUUUGGGAGUUGCACCGUCGGCGAUGCAACGCAUGGCACAUCCUGAUGGUGAACUUGCAAACGCAAGAGCCGCCGAAGCAGCUGGUACGAUUUAUACACUAUCAACGAUAGCAACAAGUAGCAUUGAAGAAGUAGCAGAAGCGGCGCCAAAAGGAGUAAAAUGGUUCCAGCUAUACAUAUAUACAGAUCGUGAUGUCACAAAAAAUUUAGUUAAACGAGCAGAACGUGCUGGUUUCAAAGCACUUGUUCUCACUGUUGAUGCACCAUUAUUUGGGGACAGGCGGGCUGACAUUAGGAACAAAUUCUCAUUACCGAAACAUUUGAGAUUAGGAAAUUUCCAAGAAGAUAUGUUAAAUAGCAUGAAUUCGACGAAAGCAGGUUCUAGUUUGAACGAGUAUGUGAUGAGCUUAUUCGAUGCAUCAUUAUCGUGGGACGAUGUUAAAUGGCUACAAAGUAUUACGAGCAUGCCAAUUGUUUUGAAGGGCAUCUUGACUCCGCAAGAUGCACUUCUAGCUAUUGAACAUGGAGUGCAAGCGAUUGUCGUUUCGAACCAUGGCGCUAGACAAGUUGACAGUAUUCCCGCAUCAAUCGAAGUUUUGCCAGAAAUCGUCAAGGCUGUAAAUGGGAGAAUGGAAAUUUAUAUGGAUGGCGGUGUGAGGCAAGGAAUCGAUAUCUUUAAGGCCCUUGCUUUAGGUGCCAAAAUGGUAUUCGUCGGUAGACCAAUGUUAUGGGGUCUGAGUCAUUCAGGCGAGGAGGGUGCGCGUAACGUUCUCGAGCUUUUUAGGAAGGAAAUCGAUUUGGUUUUUGCGUUGACAGGCUGUAGAUCGGUCAAGGAUGUAACUCGGGAAAUGGUGAAGCACGAGUCAUAUUACAGCCACUUAUAAUUCGAAACAAUAUGAUAUUCUUAAAUAUUUAUGAUAAGCUUACCUCGUGGGCAAUAAUUCUUAUGAUGGAAAAAUAAAAAGUGAGGGUGAACACAGAAUAUUGUAUAAUGGAAAAGGUUGAUCAACUGGGGAUAGUUGAUAUUUCGUAUAGCUGGUAAAACGAAAACAAAGAUUCACGAAGUGUACUUCACAAUAUUGGCGUUUUUAUUGAAUAUCUUUUGUAUAUUCUUCUUUGUAUACAUAUAUGCGUGUGCGCGGGGCACACAUAUCACAAUUUGCAGGCGUACGUACGCGCACACGCAUCCAAAGUGAUCCGCGUUACUCGCAAAACGGAACAGAUUGACUAUGACACGCAAUCGGAACAUGCAGCAGAGUAAUCGGCCCUCUGUGUACAGUUAAUACGCAAAAAAUACACCGUUGGCUCUCUGAUCCAUUUCUCUCUUGGCAAAAAAAUAAAUCCAUCUCUCUUUCUCUCA